AUGUCUUCGCCAAGCGGAAGGGGGGACAAAUGCGACUUUAUGGCCCAUCCAAACAGCUCGUCCCAAGUGCCAUCGACCAGCGACCUCUCCAAUGCUCAACGAACCUCCAGCAAUGAUGAUACCUACUCGGAGCUAGAUGGCCAGCACCUACUCUUCCCAGGGCAACGGGGCCCAGCUAAGGGAGAAGCUGCCCAUGACGAGCAUGAAUCAUCGGCACAAGUCAAUAAGGAAAAGCUCGAUGACCUUUUGGCAUUGGUUGAGAAGAGCCAGAGGCAAAUUCAGCAACUUCUCCAGUCACAGCAAGCUGUACGCGACGCAAUGGAUGGCAUAACACCGCAGGAGCUGCAGCAAGUGGCCCAGUCGAGGAAGAAUAAUGAGCAAAACUGCAACAUUCGCCGUAACAGCAGUAAGAAGACUACCGACUCUAAGUGGUCAGGAUUGCACGAUGUAUCAGUUCGACCGGACGAACCUUUCCACAUACCUCCGCAUGCAAAGUUUCAGCCUCCCAUCGAUGAUGAUUACUACCAGCAGAACCCUUGGUAUGGUCAACCGCCGAAACGCCCUGUCUUCGGUCUUGGAGGCCCGCUCCCUCAUUCUGUCCGCCAAUAUGCCAAGAGUUCGGAGAAAAAAGCUGCCCAGAACCUGGAUCCGGAGAUGGGUCAAGCGGGUCCGCAGGAUCCGGAGAAACAUAGCCACAAGCCUACACACAGUCUAGCGAAGAAGUUACCCCAUCGACUAAGUAGCAAGCAGAAACAUCAGAGAGAUGUAGCCCAAAAACAUGCACUUAGGAAGAAUCCGCAGCGCAAAACUACCGUCGAGAGCCCACAAGAGACAGAGGUGCACCAGUACAACGAGAAGCAGACUGCCGAGGAUCAAGCUUCCGCAGACCAGGUUGGCAUAGAUGGACCUACCCCACAGAAUGGCUACGGACGAUCUCAGGAGAAUGUGGGCCCUUUUGCCAGCUUCGACAAAAUUGGAGAAGACUAUGACGCUGAGGAUGAGAGUAACGCGGAUGAUACGGAAACCAACGGGCAGAAUGGGCAGGAAGAAGAUAAUGCUGAGAAUACUGAUUGGGCCAUCGACGCUGAACCUCUCGGACAGUACGAGAGGGAGGAAGAGGCAGAAACGGGCGAAAAGGAUCCAAACGAACUGCGGAAUUGUUGGGCUAGGCUGCGCGCCAAACACCCCGAGCCUCUUGCUGAGUUUCUUUGCACAUUGGUUUCCAUUUUCCUCGGCAUGUGUGCAACACUCCAAGUCAACCUCGCCAACGGUACGUAUGGUUCUUACGAAACCAGCUGCUGGGCGUGGGGCAUCAGUUUCAUGUUCGGCAUCUACCUCGGCGGCGGCGUGUCAGGCGCGCACAUGAACCCGGCCAUCUCGUUCUCGCUCUGGCUCUUCCGCGGGUUCCCACGGAAGCAGAUGUUCGUCUACUGGCUGUGCCAGCUGCUCGCGUGCAUCUGCGCGGCGGCGCUCGCGUUCGGCGUCUUCCACGACACGAUCCGGCACGUCGACCCAGACCUGGUGGACACGGCGACGUCGUUCUACAGCAAGCCGCAGGCCUUCGUCAGCGCGACGACGGCCUUUUUCACGCAGUUCAUCGCGGCGGCCGUCAUGAUGAUGAGCGUGCUGGCGCUCGGCGACGACCAGAACAACCCGCCGGGCGCGGGCCUGCACGCCUUCGUCAUGGGCCUGCUCGUCACGGCGCAGAAGAUGACGCUGGGAUUCAACACGGGCGUCGCGCUCAACCCGGCCAGCGACUUCGGGCCCCGCCUCGUGUGCUUGAUGGUCGGGUACAAGACGCCCAUGUUCACUGAGCGCGGGUUCUGGUGGCUGUGGGGUCCGUGGGGCGCGGCGGUCGCGGGAAGUGUCGUGGGGUGCUGCAUGUACGAUGCUUUCGUGUUCGUGGGCAGCGAGAGUCCGAUCAACUACAAGAUGGGGAGCGACAUCACGGAGAGGCUGGAGAAGGUCAAGAGGCUUGCUAAAUGA